AUGUACAAGGCUGUAACUUUCCUUUGUAUUGUUAUUCUUGGAAUAGCAAGUGGUUCACCCGCUUUCAAUGCUAAAUCGUACAAUAUUCAACGUAUUAAAUCACGCUUUUUACAACCAAAUGUACGUCUUGAUGUUUGCCCAACAUGUAUCAAAACUGCUGAGGAAUCAAUUAAUAUUUUGCUCAAUUUAAUUCUUGACACUGGUAUUAUUGGUACAUGUGGUACAUUAUGUGAAGCUUUGGCUGAAAAAACUGGCUCACAACUCAUUGGAACAGUCUGUGAUUUAGUUUGUGAUGUUGUUGGAAUUGACGAAUUCAUAAAGUUAAUCGAAAAAGCUGAUCUUGAUCCCAUCUGGUAUUGUGAAAUUGCUAGACUUUGUCCAAUCAAUGAUCAUGGUGAUGCUAAAAUCACCAAAUUCUCAAUCUUACCAGCGAGUGGUCCCAAAGGAACAACAUUUGCUAUUGACCUCACCUAUGUAUCAAUAAAUGGAACUGGUACAGGUGAACUUGACAUUGAUAUCCGUACUCCCGAUCAUGUUCCACUUGGUGCUAGUUUCUUAGUGGAAGCCAAGAAACCUGGUACAUAUGAACCAUGCGAAGAAUGGUUGCCAGGUAUUUACAAUGUAACAGUUCAAGUUUGCAAUGCAGUAACAAUACGCUCGACAACGACGUCGAUACUAACGCAGACAUUAACGACAACAACGACGACACGGUCGACAACGAAAACAACACAACCAACAACACGAUUGACAACAAGAAUAACAGCAACACAAACAACAACAGUAACAACAACAUCAACAACAAUAACAACAAUAACAUCAACAACAAUAACAACAAUAACAUCAACAACAAUAAUAACAACGCGCUCAACAACAACAACAAUCCGUGAGUAG